AUGCAGGAGAUUGAGGCACUGGAGAAGAAAGUUCCUGCUGUCCAGACACUAUUCUUUCCAUCUCCCAGCGAGAGCCGGGAGGGGAGCCGAGGAAGGCUGAAAAGGCAACGGUACCAGGAGCUGCCAUUGGAAGGAGCUGUCUGCAUCUCUCAGUGCUCUACUGAGCAUGUCUCAGAGGAGCCUUAUGCUGGCAGCACAUUAUGCAAAAAGGCAGCUCGAGCAGCCGAGAGAGAGUCAGAGCAAGCCUUCUCUCCCCUUGCAUCACCGCCGCUCGAAAACAACCCUGGAUUACUUGAGAGGGCCUGCCUGCCUGCCCAGGUGAAUGAAGCCAAGCACCAUGGCUUGAUUCCUGACGUUGCCCGACCGCUGAACACCAUGGGGAACCAAGAUGGGAAGCUGAAGAGGAAUGCAGGUGAUGUACACGAAGGCAGCGAGGAUGGUUCUGGGCCCAGGGAUGCUGAGGGCACAAAGAAAGGAGGGGGGAGCAAAAAGACCCUGGGCAGGCAUGGCAAAGGGGGAGAAUCGAAGAAGAAGGGCAAGUCUGAACCCAGGUCAUCUGUGUUUUCCAAUCUGCGCAUCCGGAAAAACCUUUCCAAGUCUAAAGAUGGAAACAGCAGCUCGAGAGAGGAUGUUUUAGAAAGCCAGGCCGUGCACACAGGAGAGCUAGACAGUGCUCACUCCAUUCUCACCAAAACUCCUGAUAUAAGCAUUUCUGCAGAUGAAGGGGGUCUCUCGGAUACCGAUGCAGAGCAUUUUGAAAAUACAAAUGAAACUCGCCCUGCAGCUGCCGAGCCGCAAGAUGGACAAAGAACCAGCUCCGGCUCAGAUACGGAUAUAUACAGUUUUCAUUCAGCCACCGAACAAGAGGAUUUGCUUUCUGAUAUUCAGCAGGCAAUUAGACUGCAACAGCAGCAACAGCAGCAGCAGCAGGGGACAAUUAACAUUGGAACUGAGCAGCAGGGCACCAAAACAAUGGCCCUACACAUGGCUAAUUCUCAAGCAACCCCAUUAGAUUUUGAAAGGUUUCUUUCACUCAGCAGUGACAAAGACACUAGCCCAGAUACCGAGCAGCCGGUCUCUGCUAAAUCAGGAAUCGUAGAAUAUGUCCCAAGCUGUCAGGCUGAAGUGCCAGAAAGGGCAAAUGGAAUGGGGCGCUCCUGCAGCAGUGUGUUUGAGAUGCAGGAAGGACCCGAGCAAUUGUCAGCAGAAGAGGAACAACCUGCUGGGGAAGGAGGAGACUUCUUCUCUACUCCCAAUGCUGCAAUUACAGAAGAAGAGACUCUGCUGGACAGUUCAGUCUUUAAUUUCCCACCCCCGGCUGGGGAGUCUGAGACUGAAAGAGUUGCUGUUGAAGGUACAGGUGGUGAAGGAGAAGCUGAACUGGCAGAUGCAGGCGGGGAUCAGGUUGCUGUGGCCACGGACAGGAAAUGGAGUUUGUCAACUAGCAGAGAAGCCGUGGAGGAGGGCUUUCCUGUGGAAAUGAAAAAUGGGAUUUGUUCCUCAGAGGAUGUCUCCAGCAGUCCAGUGCACACUUCCAAAUGUUUUAAAUCGUACCCUUUCAUCAACCCCUGCUACGUCAAAACCACCACUAGGCAGCUGAGUUCUCCGAACCAUUCGCCUUGCCUGUCCCCCUCACAGAGCCCUCUCUUUAAAAGGAGACGGGAGCCCACUCGGCUGAAAGAGAAGGCACCAAGCAAGAAACAGAGAUCUGCCAGUUUGGCAGGGACAUUUAGCCGAUCUGCAGACUGGACUCGUGAGGUUUCGGAUCAGCCCAGUGAAAUAGCUCAAAAGUCAGGCUCUGCGGAUUUUUUGGAGUACAGGCAGACCAGAGAUGGUAUCCAAGGGGAAAGAGUGCCUUUGAAUCAUUUGAGAAAGUUCUCAGGAAUGUCACCUCCUACUGAUGCCUUCCCUAAUGUAUUUCGAGGGCGAACUCUGCUAGAAAAGCUCUCGAGUCAGCAGGAGAAUGCACCCCAAGAAGAAGCAGAGAAGCUUUGUUCUUGGAUCAUUGCAAUGGGUCUUUUGCUCCCCUUCAGUGACUGCUUCAGAGAAUCAAGUGGCCAGAAGGCACAACAAAGUGCACCAGCAUUUGAUCAAGAUCAACUUUAUACUUGGGCUGCAGUCAAUCAACCCACUCAUUCAUCAGAUUACACGGAAGGAAGAUUUCCAAGAAGAACUCCAUCAGUUUGGCCAGCACCAAAGCCUCCAGAUGAAGAACAGAAAGUGCAUCAUAUAAAGAAAGAACCUGAAGCUGCUGCUGAGGCAUCAGAGACAGAAGAUACAGAGAUUGUUCAACAGGUACAGGAAAAUGUUACAAUGAAAUCAGAAAUGCGGGCAAAUGAAAUUCAGCGGCUGGAGCAAACCAUACAGGAUUUAAAAACAAAAAUUGCAGAGCUAGAGAAACAGUUUCCAGCAACAGAGGUAUUGGUUUCAAGCAAAAGCGUGUGGAAUGAGACCGAACAGCCAACUCAUGAAGGACUACCUAACAGAGCUUUUCAAGAACAUGAAUUGUGUGCUCUAGUUAAAACUAUAACUGCAACAUCUGUGCAGACAUCUCCAACAGAUGAUUGUUUAACACACAUAAUGCCUUCAGACAGUACACUGCCACAAGCACCUCCCCACCUCAAAGGGGAUCCAGGUCAAGGGCCAACUCAGCCGUUGCCAACACUUGAGCCACAACCCACCUUUUGCUCUGAAAUAGCUUUAGUUCUGUCACCAAAACGGAUAUCAGUACAGCUGGAUGCUUUCCAGGAACAAUUGACAAUGCCACAAACUUCAUGUUUAUUUCAAGAGGAAUCUGUGCCAUCAGCUCCCCAUCUUCCUCCGGGUAUGGAGACUGUAACAUGGAAUGAGCAUUCCUCAUCUUUAUCUACUCCCAUCAUUUCUGCUCCUCUAUCUACUGACACUGGAAUUUCCCUGCCUGGGGCAGAUGGCCCAUUUUUAACUUCACCAGUGUCACCUCCCUCAUCCCUCUCUGCCUCAGGAUAUUUAGGGUCCUCAUCUGACAUAGUACCAACCUCUGCUCCAUCAUUCCCCACCAAAAGGACUUCUUCCCCGUCAUGUCUGACAGGGAUGGACAUGAUACCAUCUACCCCUUCUUUAUCUCCUGCAAGCAUCUCUUCUAUGCCACCUUUGCCUACUGCUGGACUACCUUCUGAGAUCUCAUCUCUACCACCUUUUCCUGUAACUGGAAUUCCACCUCCUCCACCUUUGCCAGGACCAGUUAGUUCCCUUUUGCCAGGGAUAGUGCCACCCCCUCCGCCGCCACCCCCUUGGCCAGGCAUGGGAGUGCCACCCCCUCCGCCACCACCCCCACUGCCAGGCAUGGGAGUGCCACCUCCUCCACCCCCACCCCCAUUGCCAGGCAUGGGAGUGCCUCCUCCACCACCACCUCCUCCCCCUUUGCCAGGCAUGGGAGUGCCGCCCCCUCCUCCACCACCCCCUUGGCCAGGUAUGGGAGUGCCACCCCCUCCUCCACCACCCCCAUUGCCAGGUAUGGGAGUGCCGCCCCCUCCACCCCCACCUCCAUUGCCAGGCAUGGGAGUGCCUCCUCCUCCACCACCUCCUCCCCCUUUGCCAGGCAUGGGAGUGCCACCCCCUCCUCCGCCACCCCCUUGGCCAGGUAUGGGGGGACCUCCCCCUCCUCCCCCUCUGCAAGGACUGACAGUGCUGCCUCCUCCACCCCCUUUGCCUGGGGCGGGAGCUCCUCCUCUGCCUGGAAUAGGCAUGCCACCACCUCCAGCUCCUAGUCUUCCACAAGUAUCUGGGUUUCUUCCUCUUCCCUUGCCAACCGGUUUAUUUGUCAUGGGAAUUAACCAGGAAAAAAGUAGCAGAAAGCAUGCAAUAGAACCUUCUCGACCCAUGAAGCCUCUUUAUUGGACAAGAAUCCAGCUUCAUAAUAAAAGAGAUUCUAGUGCUUCACUUGUGUGGGAAAAAAUUGAAGAGCCUUCAAUAGAUUAUCAUGAAUUUGAAGAACUGUUUUCUAAAACAGCUGUUAAAGAGAGGAAGAAACCUAUUUCGGAUACCAUCACCAAGACAAAGAAUAAACAAGUUGUCAAGUUAUUAAGCAACAAAAGAUCACAAGCAGUUGGUAUAUUAAUGUCCAGUCUUCAUUUAGACAUGAAAGAUAUACAGCAUGCUGUCAUGAAUUUGGACAACUCUGUGGUGGACUUAGAGACUCUUCAAGCCCUUUAUGAGAAUAGAGCACAAUCUGAUGAACUGGAAAAGAUAGAAAAGCAUGGCAAAUCAAGUAAAGAAAAGGAGAAUGCCAAAUCUUUGGACAAACCUGAACAGUUUCUUUAUGAGCUCUCCCUGAUUCCCAACUUCUCUGAACGAGCCUUUUGUAUCCUGUUCCAAUCAACAUUCUCUGAAAGCAUUUCCUCUCUCCGAAGCAAACUGGAAUUGUUGCAGAAACUGUGUGAGAUGUUGAAAAGUGGCUCAGGAGUUAUGCGGGUUCUAGGCUUGGUCCUAGCUUUUGGGAAUUACAUGAAUGGUGGAAAUAGGACAAGAGGACAAGCAGAUGGCUUUGGACUAGACAUACUUCCCAAACUCAAAGAUGUCAAGAGUAGUGAUAACAGCAGGAGUCUCCUGUCAUAUAUUGUCUCAUAUUAUUUGCGCAAUUUUGAUGAGGAUGCCGGAAAAGAACAAUGCAUCUUCCCUCUUCCAGAACCGCAGGAUCUUUUUCAAGCUUCUCAGCUAAAAUUUGAAGAGUUCAGUAAGGAUCUUCGCAAACUGAAAAAAGACUUGAGAGCGUGUGAGACAGAAGCAGGCAAGGUUUGCCAGUUUUCAUUAGAAGAACACAUCCAGCCCUUUAAAGACAACAUGGACAAAUUCAUUAGUCAAGCUAAAACUGACCAUGAGAUGGAAGAGAAAUCUCUGGCAGAGACGCAUAAAAGCUUUUUGGAGACUGCAGCAUAUUUCUGCAUGAAACCAAAAAUGGGUGAAAAGGAGGUUUCCUUGAAUGCUUUCUUCAGCAUAUGGCAUGAAUUCAGUUCUGAUUUUAAAGAAUUUUGGAAAAAAGAAAAUAAACUUAUUUUGCAAGAAAGACUUAAAGAGGCUGAAGAAGUAUGUAGACAGAAAAAAGGAAAAUCACUUUACAAUAUAAAACAAAAGCAUGAUUCUGGAAUUAAAGCAAAGAUAAGUAUGAAAAUAUGAAAGAAGAAAGACUUAUGUCUUUGUACCCAGACUCAACACAUUGAUCAUGCCUUGGGGAGGUAGGGGAAAGGAAAUAUUACCAUUCAGCCCAUUUGUUUUCUUGAUUUUCUUGCAUUUUGUUUCCUGUUUACACGGACUACUAUGAACAUUCACUGAUAAACAGAUUUGCACGAUGGAUACCCAGUAAUGGAAGCUAUUUGAUAUUUCUCUCUUACAGACACCCCAUAUACUACAUUCUUUCCAUCUAAACAUUAUUUUGCAAUUUAUAUGGUAAAAUACUAAUAAAGACUAAAGUAGUCUGUGUAAGCAGCAGUAUUUCAGUAUGUCCUAAAUAUACUGAAAACUUUAUAAACAUCUAACUUCAUAUAGAUGUUCCAUUCUUGCAGGAUUUUUUUUUCCUAAAGCAAAUACAUUACAACAUUGCAUUUAGAUUAGGGAGAAUGUUACUUCUCAAGAACUGUUGUAUCUAUUUCCUAUUGACCUUGUAAGUGUACUCUGAAUUGGUAAAAGUGUUUCUUUUACACUCUAAGCCAUGAUCUACUUCAUUGCCUCCUGACAAAAUAUGUCAUAAAUAUGACAUUCAGCCCAGCUAUUGUUAUAAUUGACAAAGUUGAUCAUGAUUUGCUGAUAUUGAUGAAUGGAAUGAAAACAAAAAGGGGAAAACCCAAUUACAGUUAAGCACAGGACUCACUUGGUAGAUACCAAACAAUCUCGGGUAUUUCAAUAUUAUAUUCAUUGAAGAAACUGUUUGCAGAGUAACAGGAAACUUGUGGUAGACUUUCUAUCAAACUCUUGAGUUAAAAAAAAUUAAAGAACUAAAGAUCUUUCCCUUUUCUCAUUCUAAAUUAUGAAGGAUUAUUAAGAGCCUUGGUUUUUCUGGUGAUAAAACAAAGAUGAUUACUUCUGUUUGAUCUCACAUUUUAUUAAGUACUUGAAUUACAAAAAGUACAGCAGAUGCAAUUGUUUUGCAAUACUUCUGUCUCAACUGCUAAAAAUGAUUUAAUGAUUGGGCAGAUCUAGUUUACCACAUUUUCUCCACACUUUCUAAGAGCAACUUUUUAAAAGAUUUUAAAAAAGCCAAAAGUAGGGAAACGAUGUAUAUAUCUCAAUGCCUCUUAGCAUAGAAGGUGCUAGAGUGAUGCAAUUUCUAAGUUUUGAAAUAUUUAUUUUUCUCCAUGUAACCCACUAUAUGAUACCUGGUUGUCCAGAGAUUAAUGUGUGAUUCCAGGAAUCAUAAGGGCUGCAUAAAAUAUGACCUCAGGAAUUGAAUUUUUAAAAUACCAAUCACUAAAAAAUAUAUUUUUCCUCCACUGGGAAAUGAUUUCCUGUUACAUAAUCAGCUUGAAACUCUUAUCAUCUUUCAGGAUAGCCCCAAAACUGCAUUAUAUGAUCCAAUAGCAUCAGGAAUAAAGAUUAUUUCUUUGGGAAAGGGAAAAGAGAAGAUUGUUACAAAAAGACCUAUCGAAAGCAAUUAAAGAAGUAAAACAUAUUUUAAUAGCACUGAUUAAAACUCAUGUUUGUAUUUAUGUAAUUUAUAGUCUUUUGCUGUUUCUGCAUUUUUUUUCAUUUAAAUGCAUUUAAAAACAUUGAAGCAUGUUUCUGUUUUGUAGAUUUCCUGUUCCCUUCAGUAUCUACUGUGUGUAUAUUGCCAUUCUAAACUGAAUAAUGCUACACUUAACAAAGAUCACUAUGUGCAAUAUUGUAUUUAGUGUUUCUAUUCCAAUUUUUUUUAGAAUGUUAAUUUAUAUGAAAAAUAAAAGAAAUAAUGAGA